AUGCCUGAAGCGGAAGAAACUCCUGUAGCCACAGAGAUGGAGCCGCCAUUUGAAGAGGACGCUGUGUCUGAAGGUGACGAAAAAUCAGCAACCGAUUCAAUGGCGGAUUUACCUCAAGAAGAAGAAGAAAAGAAAGAGGGAACACCUAAAGAUGGAGAUGGAAUUACCAGCACGUCCCAGAUCUUAAAGGAGGACUUUUCUAAAUACAAGACAAAGGUUGCCUACCGUCUUGCGAAAGCACUGGAAGAAAUGCCAACAGAUAGUGCUUAUCGUAGCCCUGAUCUCGUACCGCUGGCUACAGACUUUCAAACUAUGAGAAAGAAGCUGCGUUCAUUGAUUACAUCCGCCAAAGCUUAUCAAAGUGCAACUCUGAAGGUACAGGAUGCUCGAUCCAAGUUGUAUCAAGAGUACGCUAUCUUGUCAAAAGAUACUCCUAUCUACGAUUACGUGGGCAAGGAGCUCGACCAAGAUGCUCUAAUGGCUCUGAACGACUCAGGGAAUGGAAAAUCAAAUGCCACUGCUGAGGAAUUGGAACUUCAGGCAAAAUCAGCCUUGAAGCUAAACGAUCAAGGUGUGCCAUCGUUGGCUUCCAUUCAACAGCUCGCUACGUUGCACGAGAAAACCAACGCAGUAGACUACCAACGUCACAUCUUGGAUUACAUCAAUGAGUGGGAAGAAGUAGUCACUACGAAGAUUGAAUCAGAGCUUGCUAUGGUAAAAAAGUUGCAACAAGACAGAUUGCACUAUGAGAAAAAGAUCGAGGGACUUCGAAAGAAAUCGGUACAAGCAGAGAACAAGGGAAAGAAAUUAUCUGCUUCGCAAGAAGACAAACUUAACCGUAAUGAGAAGAAACUCAAAGAUGCAUGGCAACUUCACGAACAAAAGGCUGCCGAGGCUUGCUUUUUGAUUGAGCAAGUUACCUUACAUGGGUGGAAGGACUUUUAUCCUUUGGUUAAGAACACCAUGAAGUGGGAAGUGAACCGACUUGGAAGAGAAAAUGUCACAUAUGGAAGAUUGCCCGCGACUUUGGAAGCCAUGAAGGCCAGUUAUUUGGCACAGACGGACAAUGAAAAGAACUAA